AUGAGUGGAUCAAGAAUCAGAAAAGCCAAAGAGGCUUUGAUUCUGUUUCUAAAAAGUUUGCCUUAAGAUUCAGAGUUUAACGUUAUUUCGUUUGGUAGCUAAUUUAAAACUUUGUGGAAGGAUUCCAAAACUUAUUCAUAAGGUUCAUUAGAGACAGCAAUUAACCAUGUUCAAAACAUGGAUGCUAACUUGGGAGGAACAUGUAUAAUUGAGCCAUUAAAAGAGAUGGUAUAUAACAAAAAUUAUGGAAUUUCCAAAAAUACAACUCUGAAUGUGUUCUUGCUUACAGAUGGAGAGGAUGAUGCUGAUCCGAUAAUUGAUUUAGUUCAGAAAAAUAACCUAGCAUAAACGAGAAUCUAUACUUUAGGAAUUGGUGAAGGAUGUAGUUAAUACUUGAUCAGAAGAGUGGCUGAAGUUGGAAAUGGUAAACAUUAAAUUGUUAGUGAUAAGGAGGAUAUAAGUGAAAAAAUAAUUGAUCUAUUGGAAGAUUCCUUAACUCCAUAUCUAGAGGCUUUUACUCUGGAAUCAAACAUAACUAAUAUAGCCUCGAUUAUUCCUAAUCCAAACUCUAUUGUUAGUUUGAAAAAGAAUUAAGAACUCACAAUCUAAAUACUUUUUUCAAAAUAAGAGACACCUAAAAUUCUAGAGUUUAAGAUCAACUGUUAUGAUCCAUAAAACUAAAAAUAAAUUUAAUAUUCUGUAAAGUUAAACUUGAAUGAAUCUUAAAACAAUGAAUAUUUUCAUAAAUUGGCCAUCUACAAAUUUAUAACUUACUAUGAAAACUCCCUAUAAUUUGGUUAAAAUCACGUGAAUUUUAUAAAACUCGAUAAAGACAUAAUUGAUUCAAAAGAUAUAAUUGAUUUAUCUGUUUAACAUUAAAUUUUGUGUUCAAAAACGGCAUUCAUAUGUUAAGUGUGUGAUUUAGAAGAUUAAUUUAAAUAAUAGAUCUAAUAGAGAGUACCUAUAGUCCAACCUAAAUAAGCAAUACGCCAUUAAUAAUUGAAUGCUUGCUAGUAGAAUCAACGCCGUAUUUAUAUUCAACAACCAUCUCGAUAAUAUCAGUCUGCAGGCUGCUGUGGUGGAGGAGGUCCUUCAAAUAAGUAUUAAAACUUUAACACAUCUCCCUCACCUUAAAGAUAUGCCCCCUAAACUCAGCCAUUAUUAUAAAAAGAAAAGUAAACAGAUUAAAGCAUAAACAAGACAGAUAAUGAUUAACUUACUUAUGAAAAAUUGAUUAACUUUGCUCAAGCAAAUGGAUGUUUUAGAAUUAGUAAAGAAAUUAUAUCAAAAAUCAAUUUUAAGAAUCUUUUGAAUCAUUAAAAUCUAAAAGAUGAUGUUUGGUUUACUUUUCUAGUGUUAUUAUACUUUGAAAAAUAUUUUAGUCAAAAUAAAAAAUCAUGGUAUUUGGUUUAUUAAAAGGGAAUAUAAUAUUUGAAAUAGAAUGGAAUGGAUUAUAAGGCAAAGAAGAAUGAAUAUAAAUUAUGA